AUGCCUUUCUCUUCCCCUUUCUCUUUAGGAGAGAAAGGAGGUCUGGUCUCUGUUGGGUACGGAGAUGACGACUUCACACGCCUGGAUGGGGACGAGGACGGGUAUGAGGAAGAGGAUGAUGAGAACAGCAGGCAGUCAGAAGAUGACGAUUCAGAGACUGAAAAACCUGAGGCUGGUGACCUAAAGGAAUUCUCAGAACUGGAGAAAAGAGAUCCUCAGGAGCUGGUUGCUUCUUUUUCAGAGCGAGUGCGGAACAUGUCUCCAGAUGAGAUCAAAAUCCCUCCUGAGCCUCCUGGCAGAUGUUCUAACCACUUGCAGGAUAAAAUUCAAAAGCUCUAUGAGAGGAAAAUAAAAGAGGGCAUGGAUAUGAACUACAUCAUUCAGAGGAAAAAGGAGUUCCGCAACCCCAGCAUCUAUGAAAAGCUGAUCCAGUUUUGUUCAAUUGAUGAACUUGGGACAAAUUACCCAAAGGACAUGUUUGAUCCUCAUGGCUGGUCAGAGGAUUCCUAUUAUGAAGCACUAGCUAAAGCCCAGAAGAUUGAAAUGGACAAACUGGAGAAGGCCAAGAAGGAACGCACCAAGAUUGAGUUUGUGACUGGCACUAAAAAGGGUACAACAACAAGUGCCACUUCUACAACAACCACAACAGCCAGCACCACUGUGGGAGAUGCCCAGAAGAGGAAGAGCAAGUGGGACUCGGCCAUCCCUGUAACAACGAUAGCUCAGCCCACCAUCCUCACCACUACUGCAACACUGCCAGGGGUUGUCACAGUGACAACCAGCGCGAGCGGAUCCAAAACUACAGUCAUAUCAGCUGUUGGCACCAUCGUGAAAAAGGCAAAGCAGUGA